AUGACUUCUUCUUCACCUACCCUACAAUCAGAUGUAAAGACACCUGUACUUUUUAAAAUAAUUCAACAAAAGAUUGUAUAUUAUUUAUUAGAUUGUAAAGUUGAUACAAAUAAGAAUAAAUUAUCAUAUGAUUUGGUAUGCAGACAAUGGCUAGAAUGGAUUGGAGAGUGGGUGUCUGACACAUUUCAAUUGUCAUUCACCUCUCGGAAAGGUGCACGCAUGUGUUUCUCUCAACCUGCACCUCUUGUCGAUUGUCUACUCCACUCUGACCUAGGUCCCAAAUAUUUACAUAGUCUUGUGUCAACAGACCACUUUACCGGUUUAUAUCACAAACCAGAUAUGGCAUCAGGAUAUGCCCCUUAUCCAAAACCACAUCGAUCAACACUACCUCUUAUCACUGUUUGGAAGGCAAUCAAACAUAUUGAAUUCGACUCUACCUACCAAAAAGACCUGAUUACAAUGAUGAAAUCAUCGUCGUCACCGCGAAUAAUAGAAGCGGCACAAUCAUUUAUAAUGUCAUUGGAGAGUAUUCAAAAUCCAAUACUUCCUAGACUCAUGAGCGAUUUGACAGAUCUUCUACCAACACUCAAUCAACGAGUUGCAUUGGGUAAAUCACCUAUCAUUCUACACACAACCUCCUCCAUACCCACAUCAGAAUUAAAUGCAUUUCAAGAAGUGGUGAAUACAUUAACCCCAUACUUUCAACUUGGAUCAAUGACGGUAGGAUGUACUAGGAAGUUAUACCCUUCAAAAUCAGACGCAUUCACGGCUGUGACCAGUCUAGAAAUCACAAAAAUCAAGACAGUGGAAUUGGUAUCAUCUUGGUUGACACCACACCUAUUCCCAUCACUUCAAACACUUGUCAUCCACAUUCUAGAUGAUCAUGUAUUAAAAGCCAUUAAAGAAAAUGUUCUAAAUCAAUUCUCCACUAUUACAAAAUUCGAAUAUCACUUUUAUAAUGAAGAAGAUUACUAA